AUGUUUUGGUUUCACAUCGUAAACCAACUAAAAGGUUUAAAAAGUAAAUCUCCUUUUACAAAUCAAUGGACCAAUUCAAACAGAGUUAUUCCUCAUUAUUUCCGUAAAAAUUAUUACACAACUCAUUCUCAAGAGAGACCUCAAACUCCCAGUUAUGUUCCUCAUAAAGAUUAUAUUUAUGAAAAUGAUACAUACAAAAUCUGCGGAGUUCCUAUACCCGAUGGUUUAGUUCAAUUUAUUGUGCUUGAAAAGUUUGUUCCAUUUGUAACCUUUUACGAUAUUUUCACCGACAAAUCAUCUCCACAUACAAUUCUUCCCCAAAAUAACAUCUUAGAAUCGAACAUAUUUGAAAACAAUAAACUUCUUUCUACAUUCCGGAACCAACUGAUAGAAAACAUGGAUAAUGACGACAAUAAAUUAUCCGAAAUCGAAAAAACUAGAUUGAAAAGAUUGUUUGACAUUAGCAAUUCACAUGGGAUAUCAUGGGACGCCUUGGACAAUUUAUACUUAGAUUUCUAUACCGCCAAACAAGAGGCACUAAAGGCAUGGGAACAGAAUAAGCACCAAUUAAUAAGAUUUGCAAACGAGGUCACCAUAAAUAGAAUUGAAUCUAGUAAAUCCCUCAAUCAAAUGAGGGGUUCUGGAAGGCUAAUUAAGUUAUUCACACAGAGAUACUAUAAUCGUUGGCUUAACUUAUAUAUGUCACCAUUUUCUACCGGGAUGUUAAUCAAGUACCUAAAGGCUCACGUAACAUUUGCACUUUUAAAUAGAGAAAAAUACGAAGCGGUGGGUGAAAGCGUAAGUAUUAAGUUUGAACGAUCGGAGAUAAACCCCUAUUUUCAGAAACCCAUUAAAAACUGA